GUUUUUUAUUAAUAAAAAAUGAAAUGGAGUACGUAGUACGGAGUAUAUCAUAAUGAUAAAAUGUGUAUUUGAGUCUAGACAUUUGAGAUGGGAACACUCGUCCCGCCGUACGUAUUUGAGUCCCAUAAAUCAAGCCAAUAGUGCCCCUCGCAGAGGCUUUCUUUAUAAGCUGAUUAAACUCCCCCAUCAUCUUAAUUACCCAAGUAAUUAAACCUGGCAAUGGGCUUAUCCAUACAUUUACUGCCCCUAACUGCCUUCCUCUUUGUCUCGGCCUUCGCUCAGAGCCCUUAUUUGCCACAAGAACAUUAUCCCCCUACUCCUCCCAUCAUUGUUUCCACCUGCAAGGCCUCACGUGACCCGGCAACAUGCGAACAUGUGAUAAACCGGUCGGGUCACGUGUCACCGGGAUCAACUGCCCGCCAAGUCAUCUUGUCCCUGCUCCACCUCACCCUCCAUAAUCUCCACACCGCCAAAGUGCAGCUAAAGAAUAUUAAGCACGGGUCAAACAUGACCCGUGCCACGGCUGCAAAUAAUUCGAUCGAGCCAAUAGGCUACUCAAGGUAUCGGGUCGGCAUGACGAUUACACACGGCCUCUCAGCUGGCAGCUCUAAGUUGAAGGACAGCCGCGCAUGGCUGAGCGCCGCCUUGUCGUCCCAGUACGACGGAUUGGGCGGCUUGAGAAAAGUCAACGACUCGAAAGACACGAUUGACGCUAUGGCGUUUAUGAAUAACACCUUGAUCGGGACGACCAGCACAGCUUUGAGCAUGCUUGCGAAUUACGAUUUCCACGGCGAAAACACAAGCUUGUGGGGCCCACCAAAGACGGAGCGCGACGGGUUCUGGGAGCCGACCGACGAGAAGGAAUGGUCGGAUUUCAAAGACGGCGGCGGCGGCGGGUACAAGAACUUAGCUUAUAAUGCGACGGUGUGCAAAACCGGCGGAUGCGACUACAGGACGGUGCAGGACGCGGUGGAUGCGGCGCCGGAGUCUAAGCCGGCCGAGAAAUUCGUGAUCCGGAUCAAAGCCGGAGUUUACAAUGAGACUGUCCGGGUGUCGUUGUACAAGUACAACGUUGUUUUCGUCGGAGACGGGAUGGGCAAAACGGUAAUUACGGGUUGUCUGAAUGCGGGUCAACCUGGAAUGGGAAUCUUUCACACUGCUACCGUUGGUGUGCUCGGAGACGGGUUCACGGCAAGGAAUAUCACAUUCGAGAACACCGCCGUCGGGUAUCAGGCGGUAGCUUUCCGUUCCGACGCCGACCGGACCGUCAUGGAAUUCUGCGAGUUCAGGGGAAACCAGGACACCCUUUACGCCAAAUCCCUCCGCCAAUUCUACAAAUCAUGCCACAUCCGGGGCAACGUUGACUUCAUAUUCGGCAACGCCGCGGCAUUCUUUCAAGACUGCAAGAUCCUGAUUGCUCCGAGGCCGACCCAGCCGGAGGCAGGGGAGGAUAACACGAUAACGGCCCAGGGCAGGCUGGAGCCAGUUCAGUCAACAGGGUUCGUCUUCCACAAAUGCUCCAUCAAAGGGACAAAGAAAUACAUGAAGCAGUACCUAAAAAACAAAGACGUGCACAAUAAUUUCCUGGGGCGGCCAUGGAAGGAGUACUCAAGGACGGUGUUCAUCAGGUGUAACUAUGGGGGCUUGAUUUCUGAGAAGGGGUGGAUGGUGUGGGAUGGAGAGUUCGCAUUGAAAACGUUAUAUUAUGGGGAAUUUGAAAACAGAGGAAUUGGGGCAUCUAACCGUGUUGAGUGGAGUAGCAUCGUGCCGACCAAACAUGUCAACUCAUAUUCGGUUCAUAAUUUCAUUCAAGGCCAUCAAUGGAUCCAUUCUGCCUAGCUAUAAUUUUAUAUUCCGAUCAUUCUUUCGGUUUGAUUAUGCUCCAUUCUAAUGAGAAUGGACUUUGCACCCUUUGAAUUAUGUGAAAAAUAAAAAUCGUAAACAUUGUGUGUUUGAAGUUUGUACAGAGGACAGACAAAUGAGAAAUUUAGCAAAGUCCAAUGGAACUUCGGGAGUAAUAGAAGCGCAAACGCGCGUGCAUGUCAUGUAUUAGAUGUUCUAUGAUCUAAAUUGUUGCGUUCUUUCCUAAUUGUUAGCCUUCCUUGACCGA